UUCUUCCUCCUCUUCCUCCAGUUUCUCUGCAGGACAUCAACAUGAGGAAGGCCUUUAAGAGCAGCACCAUCCAGGACCAGCAGGUGGUGUCCAGGACCUCUGUCCCCAACCCUGUGGUGGAGAUCUACCACCGCUGUGACAAACCUCCACCGCUGAACAUCCUCAGCCCGUACAGAGACGACAAGAAGGACGCGCUGAAGUUCUACACCGACCCCUCUUACUUCUUCAACCUGUGGAAAGAGAAGAUGCUGCAGGCCACCGAGGACAAACGCAAGGAGAAGCGACGGCAGAAGGGCUGUCCGGCCCACCCUGACAGGCCCCACUCCAGACAGGCCCCACCCAGGAGUCCCCUGUCCAUCUCUGAGCAGCAGAGGCAGGUGGAGGACCCGGGCCGAGAGGUCAAGAAGGUGCGUAAGGCUCGUAACCGGCGUCAGGAGUGGAACGUCCUGGCCUACGACAAAGAGUUCAGACCAGACGCGAGGCUCACGCCCUCCCCGUACCACGGCAUGUCGUCCGAAGGCUCCCUGUCCCCUGACAGCAGAUCAAUGGCGUCUGACUCCUACCCAGCGAGCCCCAACCACCCCUCCACCCAGGCCCCCAGCGCCGCCCACCCCAUGGACCACCACGCCAGGGACCACCUCAGCGCCGCAGCCCAGACUCAGUCGCUGGAUCGGGGCCUCAGGCCGGCCAACCAGCCCCCGGGGGCUGGAGGUGCCGCGGCGGCGGGGAGGCACGCGGCCUCCUUGGGCAGGACCCCUUCAGGACACGGCGUCCAGGCUGGCGGAGAUCCAACGGUUAACGGGCCGAGGCAGCAGUCGGUUAAGGAUUACCGAGCUGCGCAAGGCGGUCAGCCCUCCACCAUCCCAGAGUACUACAUCCCACCUGCCCCUCCGCCGCCACCUCCCACCAUCCCCUCCGCCCAGACGGCCUUCGACUCCACCACGGCCCCGCCCUGCGCCGCUGCCGCCUCCGCUGUCCCCCCGACCUCCGCCGCCCUCUCCCGCCCCUACUCCCCAUCCCCUCCUCCUCCCCCGGCCAACUACGUGCCGUCUCCCUCCCACCCUCCUUCGGGCGCUCCCCCUGCCGCCCCUCCGCCCCCGCCGCCAGGAGCCCUCACCGGCCACCAGGCCCACCCGUCCCCUCCGCACGCCGCUGUGGGCCAGUCCGCCUUGGAUGCGGCAGCACAGGCGAGGAAGUCAGCCUUGCCGGGGAUGAUCCCGAUGAGCGAUGCCCGCUCCGACCUGCUGGCCGCCAUACGUAGAGGUAUCCAGCUGAGAAAGGUGCAGGAGCAGAGGGAGCAGGAGGCGAAGCGAGAACCCGUGGGUAACGACGUGGCCACCAUCCUGUCACGCCGUAUCGCGGUGGAGUACAGCGAGUCUGACGACGACUCCGAGCUCGACGAGAAUGAGUGGUCUGACUAAAGUCUUAAGAAAGUCGGGAGCUCGGUGGGUGGUGGUGGUGAUGACGAGGGGGGUUCGUUAAUCAUUAACAGUAAAAAGAUGAAUACAAACAUUCACACACAUACUCCAGCCCCUCUGAACAUUAACACAGCAACAGGUCGGUAACUUCAGCUCGCCUGGUUGCCCCUGACGACACCUAUUCUUCGUGUGUCUCACCACCCGGAGUGUACGGCACAAUAAACACACACUUACAUUUCAACACCCUGCCGCCCCCGUCCGCUCAUCUCUGUCCACCAACUCUCAGCUGUGAAAAGCAAACUCCCUGGAUUCAUAUUUAAAUUUAUAGUUAUUAGCAAUAUCACCGGCUCUUAAAGUGUCGACGGGAGGAAAGUGUUUACAAAACACAUGGUGUAGCACAAGAAUAAUUAUAGUGCGAUUAACCUAUCUGCCAAAUGUUGAGAAAGAAUCUAUGAGACAAGUCGUUGAUAAUCAGGGAAAAGAAGUUUAUGGGCGGACGACUCCGCUCCGCAGGGCUGCGCCUGAUAAUAAA